CCACAAAUAAAGUCCACCCGGGCCUGUAACAGGGCUUGCAACAGCCCUUUACGCAACAAAAGCUGGGGAAGAUAUUCGCAAAUAUCUCAGGCGGGGCAUGCCAGUUUGGCUACGAUCUGCGUAAGGAUGGGAGUUCCAAGGACCCGAUGUGACGAUCCCGAUCGGGCCGGGGGGAGCAACGAAUGGGCUGACGAGUCAAGUACCAAGGGCCCGGCUUGCAGCGCGGACGAGGGUACGAUUGGACGGGGACGGGGCUCCGCUACCCCAGAUUCGCGGCACCCUCCCCUCCUCCCCUCCUCCCGCCAUCUGGGCUCGGGACUCUCCUGCACGCAGGAUAGGCUACCGAGAGCUGCGCUGUUUCCGGUCGGGAUGCUGUCCAGACCACGGAGCCAACCACGGAGCCAAGCUUGCGCCCAGAGAUCCGCGGUGGUUCGUCGCCGUGGCCAAGUAACACCUGUGCUUCCAGGCCGAGAGAGAGGCCGCGAGAGAGGAGGCAUAGUUGGUCGUGACUCGUUCUAAUGCCAGACACCAGACGCUGGUGCAUAAUGUGGCACCCGAAGAGGGUUUAUGAGAGGUCUGCUGCAGCCUCCUGCUGGAAAAUUGAGUUCACGACGUCGCAUCUUAAGUACAAUGCCAAUGCACACACACGCGAGGGCACGCGAGGACGAACGCCUCCGUGUGCCGUGGUGGAAGCACGGGCAGCACUCCCGAGUCACGCACCCCCCCUCCCAACUGACGCCUUGCAAAGGAGCAUGGCAUUUCCCCGCCGAUUGCUCCUUUGAAAUUCAUCCCGCAUCCCGCAUCCCGCUGCCUCUGAGAUGAGAGCUCACCUCU